AUGCCAAGGAGGGUGAGGAGGUCAGGAGUGAGGUUCAUUGAGGAUGAUAGAGAUCGUAGCCUCACGUUCUUCAAGCGGCGAGCUGGGAUUUUCAAAACCGCUGCUGACCUCUCCGCCCUCACCGGUGCGAGAAUAGCUGUGGUGUUAGAGUCCAAAAAUGGAAGGUUUUCCUCAUUCGGCGCACCAGAGGUUAGCCCCAUUGUUGACACUUUCCUUUCAGAGAAUGCACCGAUGGAGUCACACACCAAGGAGGAACAAAAGGCCACAAUCGCCAAUCUACAGAAUGUAUUGUUCCAGCUGGAGAAAGACAGAGUGGUGGAGGACAAGAGGAAGAAGGACUCCAUCGCACGGACCAAGGAGGUCCAGGAAAGCUCAAGGAUGGCCAAGUAUGUUUAUGGUAAGGAAGAGGACCUUGAUGCCAAUGAGCUUUAUGAGUUGUGCCGUGAGCUCUCACGGAUCCAGGAAGAUAUUAGACAUCGUUUGCCUUCUCUGCACCAUGGCAACCUGCUCGAGGUUGGUGCGCCAAGAGAUCCUGAAUUGCGGCAGCCCUCUCAGCAGAAUUCCUUAGCUUCACUCUCGACCCCACCAAGACGUUCGCCAUGGACUCCUUUCCAGCCAUCCUUGCAGCUUGGACAGCCCACAUGGUCUCAUCCAAUGCUAGCAAGAUCAGAUUCCUUGUUUCCAAAUCCAGCAAUUCCUCCAUCACCGCAGCUACCACCAAAACCACUGUUGCGUCACCCUAUGACACCGCUGGCUCCUUCCAUGGUGCGACUGCAAGCACAGAAGAUGCCACUACCCAUGGAAGCCCACCCUCCCAACUACUAUAUCUGGGGGAUGGGCAUUAACGGUAACAACUCACGCCUAUUUUCACAAUCUCCAAUAUUACCUUCACCACCACCCCAACCACCAUCAUUGCAAUUUCCUCCAACGAAUGUAUCAUCGCCCCCUCUACCAUCGUCGCUUCCAUUUUCAUUGCCUCUAGAGUCCCAACAGACUCAGAAUUACAACUUUGUGCAGCCACCUCAAAGCUAUGCAGAUGCUAACUCAACCUUAGUUCCUUCUAAUGAGCCGUAUUACGGUGGCUUACAACGUGGAUUGGAUGUUGGCUUGGGAAACAUCGGUGAUAAUGGAGGUCAAGCUACAGGUGACCACAACAUGUUUGGUUAUUCUGGCCCGCUACAAGGUGAUGCCUGGGUCAAGGUGAUGUCUCAGUCUUUUGCUGCUGGAGAAAGUUCAAAUGUUGAUGCAGGAAACAAUCUUGGUGGCAUGAACUUCCCAUGGAUCUAG